CGCGCGUCACGUGCCGGCGACCGCGACCAAUAGCCGCGCUCGGGCGGCCGCGGGCGCCGCGGGGGGGCGGCACUCUCCGCCGAGCGCCAGUACACGAGGAGCGGCCACGCGGGACCGACGCACGCCGCGCGCGCUCCCCACUAUACGAGUUUCACCGAAAACCGGUCCGAUGCAUCGUGACAUGUUAUAGUGUACAGUGACGUCGCAAUGAGUGGGUGGACGGAGGAAGUGAUGUCCUGGCGGGACGAUCGCCUCGGACUUACCGAACUUAGAGAGCCCAGUACGAAUAGAAGAAAACUACGCAGUGCGCCCUACAGACUACACCGGCCACACUUGCCCGUGCCUCACGUGCCCGAGCCGCCACAGGAGCCUCAGGGAACUCACAUCUCGCGGCUGUACCCGGAACUGUUAGCUCUCAUAUUCGAAAGGCUGCCGGUGCGGGACAGGGGCCGCGCGGCGCAGGUUUGCCGCGCUUGGAGAGACGCAGCUGAUCGCCGGUCCGUGUGGCGUGGAGUAGAAGCUGCCCUGCACCUGAGGCGGCCCGCGCCCGUGCUGUUCCAGUCGCUAGCCAGGCGAGGAGUGCGGAAGUUACAAGUGCUGUCCCUCCGCCGCGGACUCAGGGAUGCCGUGGCCGCGCUGCCAGGACUAGAGUCGUUGUCCCUCAGUGGCUGCUACAGUGUGACGGACGCUGCUCUGGCGAGCGCGUUCGCUGCUGAAUUACCAGCAUUACGUAGACUAGAUCUCUCACUAUGCAAGCAAGUGACCGACUCGUCACUCGGCAGAAUAGCACAAUCGCUCAAAAACUUGGAAGAGUUAGAACUGGGCGGGUGUUGCAACAUAACAGAUACGGGAUUGUUGCUUAUCGCAUGGGGGCUCAGAAAACUACGUCACUUGAACUUACGGUCGUGCUGGCACGUGAACGAUGCGGGGAUAGCGCAUCUGUGCGGCGGCGGCGAAGCGCGAGGCACACCGGAGCUGGAGCAUUUGGGACUACAAGACUGCCAAAGGUUAACGGACGAAGCGCUGAAGCACACAGCCACAGGUCUUCCUAAACUUAAAUCCAUAAAUCUGUCAUUCUGCGUGGCAGUCACAGACGCAGGACUGAGGCAUUUGGCGCGACUGCCGUACUUAGAGGAUAUAAACUUGAGGGCUUGCGACGGGAUAUCGGACGCAGGGGUGGCGCACCUGGCGGAGAGCGGCCGGCUGAGGGCGCUGGACGUGUCGUUCUGCGACAAGGUGGGCGACGAGGCUCUGUCGCACGCGACGCUGGGCCUGUCAGGGCUCCGCUCGCUGUCGCUGAGCGCCUGCCGCCUCACGGACGAGGGCCUGGAGCGGGUCGCCAGGCUAUCACAGCUAGAAACGCUAAAUAUAGGACAGUGCACUCGGGUCACCGAUAGAGGCCUGCGGGCGCUCGGGGACGGCUUACACAAUCUGAUAGAGAUAGACUUGUACGGUUGUACGUGUAUCACUCCGCAAGGCUUAGACCACAUCGUGAAGUUGCCUCGGCUCAUGGUACUUAACCUCGGUCUGUGGCAUGUGCGGUGACCACACACACACUAGUUAGUGUCUGUGCGCGCGUGUGUGAGUGCGACGGCCAUGUUGAAGUGAAGGAGCGCCAAGGUUGUAGGUAUACUCUGGACAGUGAAUAAAAGAAUUAACCAAUUUUAAGAUAUUAAACUAUCGAAUUAUUAUUUAGGAUAUGGGGCGGCUUUCUGUUGUAUGUUUCUGUUUAUAAGCCAUUUGUGUUGUUUGUUGUGUCAGAUUCAGUUUGUGUUAAGUAAAAGACAAGUUUUGGUUAAGUUUCUCGAAGAAAGUUGCCCCAAUGCCUAGUCGCAAUGUUGAGUCAGGCCUUUUUGAAUGUUCUCAGUUCUCCUUAUUGUCUUCGUUUAUUUUGUUAUUGUCGAGUGUGACGCAAUUCUAUGUUAAUGUCUCAAGUUUUGUAAUUUUAAAAAGGUCUGGUUUAACAAAAUAAUAUUUUGCUCCAUUAGUUAGGUAGAUAUUUAGCCAUUCUUGAAAUUUAUCAAUAUUUUUAAUUCGAUCUUAUGCGAGAAGUUAGGAAACUAUCCAAAUUGUUAAACGUUAGGUUUUUAUAUUUAAUUUUGUGAUGGAAGCGUGAUUUGGGAGAUGACAAUUGUUUUAAUAUUACAUGAAUCUUCCAGUAACGUGUAUGUAUGAGUUUAUUUUACUUUAUGAAUCGGCCUAAAGUUCAAUAACAGGCAUUUUAUACUAUGAUUAAUUGAUUCCGAAAUGGCCAAUGUAAAUUACUUGUACCAUUGUUUAAAAACUAUAUUGCCAAACCGAUAUAGCUAUUAAAACAAAUGGCUAAAAGUGAUACUUCCUUUAUAGACAAUGGUUAAAAAUAAGCUAAUACUGACUAAGAUCAAUCUUUCCUUUAGUAAAAUGAACAAGAAAAGAAAAUUUACAAGUAAAACGCUGAUGUAGACGAAGUUUUGUGAGAAGCGCUAGAAGAUUGAACCGAUGAUGUUAUACAUUUUGUUACAAUGACGUAAUACAUACAUGACAGUGAUGUAUAGAAACCAUUUAUCAUAUACACGGCCGAGAUUUCAUAGGAAAACAUUGUACAAAUAGUGACAUAACUCGAUUAUUAUUGUUACUCCACAUUUGCUAACUGCCGACGCGUAUAACAAUGGCCAGCCAAUAAUUUGUGACAAAUAUUCAAUCAUUAAAAUAUGAUUUGCCAAAUCGUUUCUUUUUGUUCACCAAAACGAUGGAAAAUUACAAAAUAAUCACAAUUACUUUUGUAAAAUCCACGGGUUUUUAUCUAAUCUGAUUUUGUGGGAUGUUUCGCGUAAAUUAUUACCUAAAGUUCGAUAAGGUUAUUCAAAAUAGUUUUUAGUCAAACGACUGAAACUUCUUCGAUACAAUUUUGACGAACAAUUUCUUAUCCAUAUACUUCCAUAGUAACUUUUGUGUCUUUUUUCUAGGCUAAAAUAUGAAUUUUGGCUUCCAAUAUUUUUGAACCAUCAACAACUUUUGUUUUCUUAAAGUUUUUUUGUCAAAUUAAAGUUGUGGAUGUUUUCCUGAUCUUUAUCUACAAAUUGUUUCAAUGAAGUCUCCCAAUGUAUAAAGAUCUCGUUUAUACGUAAUUUUUGAUAUUAUAAUUAUUAGUGUUAAUUGUUUUAGUGUAGGCAAUGUGAUUGUCGUGUAAGAUCGAAUUAAAAAUGAAUAAAAUACGUUGUAUACUUCAAUGAUACGUUGUUUUUGUACAAAACGAAUGUAAUAUAGGAGAAAAGUGUAUUAAAAGUCAUCGUUUAAGUUACAAAUUA